AUGGCUUCCAGUCUGGCUCCUAUUCGUGCGUCGUUCGCUGACGAGGAGAAUGAGACUGCUCAGCAGCAAAGGCCCUCAGUCACAUGGAAAUUAAGCCCGCUCUCGGCCCAUAGGGCCGCCACCCAGAGGUCCACCAGUUCUGGCACGUAUCCGGCCUCAGGCUUCCUCUGGCGCCCCAGGCUCGGCAGUAGCCCCGAAAUCAAUUUAGGGACCCAGCCGCACGUCGUCUUCCUGCGUCCGCGGACCGCGCCCACUCUAGUUCUCUUCAGCUUAAUGAAUUCCAGUGAAGCAGCCGUGACAAAAUAUUUACCCAAGAGCCACUUAUCUCGGGUGAUUAUUCGUGACAACCUCAAUGCACAGCGACUCUUGGAGAUGGAGAUGAAAGCUUCAGAAAAGACCAAGAAAAAGAUGAGCCACUUGCAUGACCACCUGAAAAAAAAGUUCAUGAUGGACCAGCUCAGGAAGUUGGGACGCUGGAAACGGGAAUUCAUGAAUAUCCGGCAGCAGCUGAGAGCACCCGUGGACCCAAGGUCACUCCAUUCCAACGAGAAAAAGUGGCCACCCUAG